CAGCUCCAGGGACCUGCAGCCAUGGGUCCCCUGUGGAGCUGCUGGACGCUCUGGGCUGGAGCAACCCUCCUGUGGGGAUUGACCCAGGAGGCCUCAGUGGACUCCAAGAACACUGGCAGGGAGGAAUUCCUCACCGCCUUCCUGCAGAACUAUCAGCUGGGCUACAGCCGCGCCUACCCCAGCCUCCUUAUCUCCAGUCUGUCAGAGAGCCCUGCCUCAGUCGUCAUCCUCAGCCAUGCAGACAAUACCUCACAGGAGGUCACAGUGAGGCCCAGGGAGUCAGUCAUGGUCAACAUCAGUGCCAAGGCUGAGAUGAUUGGCAGCAAGACCUUCCAGCAUGCGGUGGUGGUCCACUCUGACCAUGCCAUCUCUGUGCAGGCGCUAAACAGCAAGCCCGACACAGCGGAGCUGACACUGCUGCGGCCCAGCCCGACCCUGGGCACUGAGUACUUUGUGCUCACGCCCCCUGGCACCUCAGCCAGGAAUGUCAAGGAGUUUGCAGUGGUGGCUGGUGCCGCAGGUGCCUCGGUCAGUGUUAAGCUGAAGGGGUCAGUGACAUUCAGCGGCAAGUUCUACCCAGCAGGCGGUGUCCUAAGUGUGACUCUGCAGCCCUACAGUGUGGCCCAGCUCCAGAGCACAGUGGAUCUCUCGGGGUCAAAGGUCACAGCCAGUAGCCCUGUGGCCGUCCUCUCUGGCCACAGCUGUGCCCAGAAACACACGACCUGCAACCAUGUGGUGGAGCAGCUGCUACCCACAUCUGCCUGGGGCACCCACUAUGUAGUACCCCCUCUGGCCUCCCAAUCCCGCUACGAUUUGGCCUAUGUUGUGGCUAGCCAGGCCACAAAGCUGACCUACAACCACGGGGGUACCGCUGGCUCCCGUGGGCUCCAGGAGGGCGAUGUGGUGGAGUUUGAGGUCCGGCCAUCCCGGCCACUCUACCUCUCUGCAGAUGUGGGCAUUCAGGUCCUGCUGUUUGGCACAGGUGCCAUAAGGAAUGAAGUGACCUAUGACCCCUUCCUGGUCCUGAUCCCCAGUGUGGCGGCCUACUGCCCUGCCUAUGUGGUCAAGAGUGUGCCAGGCAUUGAGGGCGUGGCCCUGGUGGUGGCACAGACAAAGGCUGCCAGCGAGCUGACCAUAGAUGGGCAGGCAAUGGGGGCCAACCUCACCUGGGCAUCUGUGCCAGGCAGCAACUUCUCAUACGCUGAAGUGGAGCUCGGCACAGCUGACACGGUCCAUGUGGCCCAGGCUACCACCAACUUCGGGAUGCUCACCUUUGGGCUGACCAAGGAUGUGGGCUAUGCGACAGCAGCUGAUUGCAGCCAGACUGUGCUGUCCCCAGCGGAGCCCUCCUGCGAAGGUGUGAAGUGCGCAGCCGGGCAGCACUGCAAGGUGGUGGACGGGAAGGCCAAGUGCGUGGCGAUGUCCUCUGCUGUCUGUCGCGCCCAGGGCGACCCCCAUUACACCACCUUCGAUGGCCGUCGCUAUGACAUGAUGGGCACCUGUUCGUACACGAUGGCGGAGUUGUGCAGCGAGGACGACACCCUGCCCGCCUUCAGCGUGGAGGCCAAGAACGAGCACCGGGGCAGCCGCCGCGUCUCCUACGUGGGCCUGGUCACCGUGCGCGCCUACAGCCACUCCGUGUCGCUGACCCGCGGGGAAGUUGGCUUCGUCCUGAUCGACAGCCAACGCUCACGCCUGCCAGUCUCCCUGAGCGAAGGUCGCCUGCGUGUGUACCAGAGCGGGCCACGGGCUGUGGUGGAACUGGUCUUCGGGCUGGUGGUCACUUAUGACUGGGACUGCCAGCUGGCACUCAGCCUGCCCACACGCUUCCAAGACCAGGUGUGCGGGCUGUGUGGAAACUAUAAUGGUGACCCAGCAGACGACUUCCUCACGCCUGAUGGGGAUCAGGUUCCUGACCCUGUGGAGUUCGCAAGUAGCUGGAAGCUGGAUGAUGGGGACUACUUGUGUGAGGAUGGCUGUCAGAACAACUGUCCCGCCUGCACCCCAGGCCAGGCCCAGCACUAUGAGGGCGACCGACUCUGCGGCAUGCUGACCAAACUUGACGGCCCCUUCGCUGUCUGCCAUGACACCCUGGACCCCAGGCCCUUCCUGGAACAGUGUGUAUACGACCUGUGCGUGGUUGGUGGGGAUCGGCCCAGCCUGUGCCGUGGCCUCAGCGCCUAUGCUCAGGCCUGUCUGGAGCUUGGCAUCUCAGUUGGGGACUGGAGGUCACCAGCCAACUGCCCCUUGACUUGCCCCGCCAACAGCCGCUACGAGCUCUGCGGCCCCGCCUGUCCGGCCUCCUGCAACGGGGCUGCGGCGCCAUCCAACUGCUCUGGGCGCCCGUGCGUGGAGGGCUGCGUGUGCCUCCCGGGCUUCGUGGCCAGCGGCGGCGCCUGUGUGCCAGCCUCGUCGUGCGGCUGCACCUUCCAGGGCCUCCUGCUCGCUCCAGGCCAGGAGGUGUGGGCGGACGAGCUGUGCCAAAGGCGCUGCACCUGCACCACCACCCAGCAGGUGACCUGCCGCGACACGAAGGGCUGCCCGGCGGGUGAGCGCUGCAGCGUCCAGAAUGGCCUCCUGGGCUGCUACCCCGACCGCUUCGGGACCUGCCAGGGGUCCGGGGACCCACACUACGUGAGCUUCGACGGCCGGCGCUUCGACUUUAUGGGCACCUGCACGUACCUGCUGGUCGGCUCGUGCGGCCAGAACGCGGCGCUGCCAGCCUUCCAGGUGCUGGUGGAAAACGAGCAUCGGGGCAGCCAGACCGUGAGCUACACGCGUGCCGUGCGGGUGGAGGCCCGCGGGGUGAAGGUGGCGGUGCGCCGGGAGUACCCGGGGCAAGUGCUGGUGGACGGCGUCCUUCAGUAUCUGCCCUUCCAAGCAGCAGAUGGGCAGGUGCAGGUGUUCCGCCAGGGUAGUGAUGCUGUCGUGCGCACUGACUUUGGCCUGACUGUCACCUACAACUGGGAUGCACGAGUGACUGCCAAGGUGCCCAGCAGCUAUGCUGAGGCCCUGUGUGGACUCUGCGGGAACUUCAACGGGGACCCAGCUGAUGACCUGGCUCUGCGGGGUGGGGGCCAAGCUGCCAAUGCACUGGCUUUUGGGAACAGCUGGCAAGAAGAAACGAGGCCUGGCUGUGGAGCAACUGAACCAGGUGACUGUCCCAAGCUGGACUCCCUGGUGACCCAGCAGCUGCAGAGCAAGAAAGAGUGUGGAAUCCUUGCUGACCCCGAGGGGCCCUUCCGGGAGUGCCACAGCAAGCUGGACCCCCAGGGUGCCGUGCGUGACUGUGUCUAUGACCGCUGCCUGCUGCCAGGCCAGUCUGGGCCACUGUGUGACGCGUUGGCCACUUACGCUGCUGCAUGCCAGGCUGCUGGAGCCACAGUGCACCCCUGGAGGAGUGAGGAACUUUGCCCACCGAGCUGCCCACCCCACAGCCACUAUGAGGCGUGUUCCUACGGCUGCCCGCUGUCCUGUGGAGACCUCCCAGUGCCCGGGGGCUGUGGCUCCGAAUGCCAUGAGGACUGCGUGUGCAAUGAGGGCUUUGCACUCAGUGGUGAGUCCUGCGUGCCCCUGGCCUCCUGUGGCUGUGUCCACCAGGGCACCUACUACCCGCCAGGCCAGACCUUCUACCCAGGCCCUGGCUGUAAUUCCAUUUGCCACUGCCAGGAGGGCGGCCUGGUGUCCUGUGAGCCUUCCACCUGUGGCCCACAUGAGGCCUGCCAGCCGUCUGGUGGCAGCUUGGGCUGUGUGGCCGUGGGCUCUGCCACCUGCCAGGCGUCAGGAGACCCCCACUACACCACCUUCGACGGCCGCCACUUCGACUUCAUGGGCACCUGCGUGUAUGUGCUGGCUCAGACCUGCAACGCCACCCGGCCUGGGCUGCACUCGUUUGCCGUCCUGCAGGAGAAUGUGGCCUGGGGUAAUGGGCAAGUCAGUGUGACCAGGGUGAUCACGGUCCAGGUGGCAAACUUCACCCUGCGGCUGGAGCAGAGACAGUGGAAGGUCACGGUGAACGGCGUGGACAUGAAGCUGCCCGUGGUGCUGGCCAAUGGCCAGAUCCAUGUCUACCAGCAUGGUUCCGACGUUGUGAUUGAGACCCACUUCGGCCUGCGUGUGGUCUACGACCUUGUGUACUACGUGCGGGUCACCGUCCCCGGAAACUACUACCAGCAGAUGUGUGGCCUGUGCGGGGACUACAACGGCGACCCCAAGGAUGACUUGAGGAAGCCCGAUGGCUCGCAGGCAGGCAACGCCAAGGAGUUCGGCAACUCCUGGGAGGACGCCGUGCCUGGUUCUCCCUGCCUGCCGCCACCCACCUGCCCGCCGGGGAGCGAGGGCUGCAACCCAGACGGCCAGUGUCCUCCCGAGCUGGAGGACAAGUAUCAGAAGGAGGAGUUCUGUGGGCUCCUCACCAGCCCCACAGGGCCGCUGGCCUCCUGCCACAAGCUGGUGGAUCCCCAGGGUCCCUUGAAAGACUGUGUCUUUGAUCUGUGCCUGGGUGGUGGGAACCUGAGCAUUCUCUGCAGCAACAUCCAUGCCUAUGUGAGUGCUUGCCAGGCGGCUGGAGGCCACGUGGAGCCCUGGAGGACCGAAACUUUCUGUCCCAUGAAGUGCCCCUCGAACAGUCACUACGAGCUCUGCGCGGACACCUGCUCCCUGGGCUGCUCCGCUCUCAGCGCCCCUCCGCAGUGCCCGGAUGGAUGUGCCGAGGGCUGUCAGUGCGACUCCGGCUUCCUCUACAACGGCCAAGCCUGUGUCCCCAUCGGGCAAUGCGGCUGUUACCACAAUGGUGUCUACUACGAGGUAGGAACUUAGUCAUCGGGGCCAGAACAGACAGUCCUCAUUGACAACUGUCGGCAGCAGUGCACCUGCCACGCGGGUAAAGGCAUGGUGUGCCAGGAACACAGCUGCAAGCCGGGCCAGGUGUGCCAGCCCUCCGGAGGCAUCCUGAGCUGUGUCACCAAAGACCCGUGCCACGGUGUGACGUGCCGGCCACAGGAGACGUGCAAGGAGCAGGGCGGCCAGGGUGUGUGCGUGCCCAACUACGAGGCCACGUGCUGGCUGUGGGGCGACCCACACUACCACUCCUUCGACGGCCGCACGUUCGACUUCCAGGGCACCUGUAACUACGUGCUGGCAGCAGCUGGCUGCCCGGGGGUCAGCACCCAGGGCCUGACACCCUUCACCGUCACCACCAAGACGAGAACGGGGCAACCCUGCUGUGUCUACGUGAGACUGGUCACUGUGGCUGCGCUCGGCACCAACGUCUCUAUCCACAAGGACGAGAUCGGCAAAGUCCGGGUGAAUGGCGUGCUGACAGCGUUGCCUGUCUCUGUGGCUGCCGGGCGCAUUUCAGUGACCCACGGUGCAUCCAAGGCAUUGCUGGUGGCCGACUUUGGGCUGCAAGUCAGCUAUGACUGGAACUGGCGGGUAGAUGUGACACUGCCCAGCAGCUAUCAUGGCGCGGUGUGCGGGCUCUGCGGUAACAUGGACCGCGACCCCAGCAACGACCUCUUCCCCAAUGGCACUCUGGCUCCCUCCAUUCCCGUCUGGGGUGGCAGCUGGCGAGCCCCAGGCUGGGACCCACUGUGUUGGGACGAAUGUCAGGGGUCCUGCCCAACGUGCCCACAGGACAAGCUGGAGCAGUACGAGGGCCCUGGCUUCUGCGGACCCCUGGUGCCUGGCACAGGGGGCCCCUUCACCACCUGCCACGCUCAUGUGCCACCUGAGAGCUUCUUCAAGGGCUGCGUUCUGGACGUCUGCAUGGGCGGCGGGGCCCACGACAGUCUCUGCCAGGCGCUGGCUUCCUAUGCGGCCGCCUGCCAGGCCGCUGGGAUUGUCAUUGAAGACUGGCGGGCACAGGUUGGCUGUGCGAUCACCUGCCCAGAAAACAGCCACUACGAGUUAUGUGGCCCACCCUGUCCGGCCAGCUGCCCAUCCCCUGCGCCCCCCACCACCCCAGCCGUAUGCCAGGGCCCCUGUGUGGAGGGCUGCCAGUGCAACGCAGGGUUCGUGCUAAGUGCUGACCGCUGUGUUCCCCUAAGCAACGGCUGCGGCUGCUGGGCCAACGGCACCUACCACGAGGCGGGCACUGAGUUUUGGGCUGACGGCACCUGCUCCCAGAGGUGCCGCUGCGGGCCUGGGGGCGGCUCACUGGUCUGCACGCCUGCCAGCUGCGGGCUGGGUGAAGCGUGUGCCCUCCUGCCAUCCGGCCAGCACGGCUGCCAGCCUGUCAGCACAGCUGAGUGCCAGGCCUGGGGUGACCCCCAUUACGUCACUCUGGAUGGGCACCGAUUCGAUUUCCAAGGCACGUGCGAGUACCUGCUGAGUGCCCCCUGCCACGCACUACCCACGGGGGCUGAGAACUUCACUGUCACUGUAGCCAACGAGCACCGGGGCAGCCAGGCUGUCAGCUACACCCGCAGCGUCACCCUGCACAUCUACAACCACAGCCUGACACUGAGUGCCCGCUGGCCCCGGCAGCUACAGGUGGACGGCGAGUUCGUGGCGCUACCCUUCCAGCUGGACUCGCUCCUGCAGGCACACCUGAGCGGCGCCGACGUGGUGGUGACCGCGACCUCGGGGCUCUCGCUGGCUUUCGACGGGAACAGCUUGGUGCGCCUGCGCGUGCCGGCGGCGUACGCGGGCUCCCUCUGUGGCCUAUGCGGGAACUACAACCAGAACCCAGCAGACGACCUGAAGGCGGUGGGCGGGAACCCGGCCGGGUGGCAGGUGGGCGGCGCCCCAGGCUGCGGGGAAUGUGUGCCAGGGCCUUGCCCGCGGCCUUGCACGCCGGAGCAGCAGGAGGCCUUCGGCGGCCCGGACGCCUGCGGCGUGAUCUCGGCCACCGACGGCCCGCUGGCGCCCUGCCACGGCCUCGUGCCGCCCGCGCAAUACUUCCAGGGCUGCUUGCUGGACGCCUGCCAAGCUCAGGGCCAUCCUGGAGGCCUCUGUCCUGCAGUGGCCGCCUACGUGGCAGCCUGUCAGGCCGCUGGGGCCCAGCUCGGCGAGUGGAGGCGGCCCGACUUCUGUCCCUUCCAGUGCCCUGCGCACAGCCACUACGAGCUCUGCGGUGACUCCUGCCCCGUGAGCUGCCCUAGCCUCUCGGCACCCGAGGGCUGCGAGUCGGCCUGCCGUGAAGGCUGUGUCUGUGAUGCCGGCUUCGUGCUUAGCGGUGACAGCUGCGUACCUGUGGGCCAGUGUGGCUGCGUCCACAAUGGCCGCUACUACCCUCUGGGCCAGACCUUCUAUCCGGGCCCCGGCUGUGAUUCCCUUUGCCACUGCCAGAAGGGCGGCCUGGUGUCCUGUGAGCCCUCCACCUGCGGGCCGCAUGAGGUCUGCCAGCCGUCUGGUGGCAGCUUGGGCUGUGUGGCCGUGGGCUCUGCCACCUGCCAGGCGUCAGGAGACCCCCACUACACCACCUUCGACGGCCGCCACUUCGACUUCAUGGGCACCUGCGUGUAUGUGCUGGCUCAGACCUGCAACACCACCCGGCCUGGGCUGCACUCGUUUGCCGUCCUGCAGGAGAAUGUGGCCUGGGGUAAUGGGCAAGUCAGUGUGACCAGGGUGAUCACGGUCCAGGUGGCAAACUUCACCCUGCGGCUGGAGCAGAGACAGUGGAAGGUCACGGUGAACGGCGUGGACAUGAAGCUGCCCGUGGUGCUGGCCAAUGGCCAGAUCCGUGUCUACCAGCAUGGUUCCGACGUUGUGAUUGCGAACUUCGGCCUGCGUGUGGUCUACGACCUUGUGUACUACGUGCGGGUCACCGUCCCCGGAAACUACUACCAGCAGAUGUGUGGCCUGUGCGGGGACUACAACGGCGACCCCAAGGAUGACUUGAGGAAGCCCGAUGGCUCGCAGGCAGGCAACGCCAAGGAGUUCGGCAACUCCUGGGAGGACGCCGUGCCUGGUUCUCCCUGCCCGCAGGAGCCCACCUGCCCGCCGGGGAGCGAGGACUGCAAACCCAACGGCAAGUGUCCUCCCGAGCUGGAGGACAAGUAUCAGAAGGAGGAGUUCUGUGGGCUCCUCACCAGCCCCACAGGGCCGCUGGCCUCCUGCCACAAGCUGGUGGAUCCCCAGGGUCCCUUGCAAGACUGUGUCUUUGAUCUGUGCCUGGGUGGUGGGAACCUGAGCAUUCUCUGCAGCAACAUCCAUGCCUAUGUGAGUGCUUGCCAGGCGGCUGGAGGCCACGUGGAGCCCUGGAGGACUGAAACUUUCUGUCCCAUGAAGUGCCCCUCGAACAGUCACUACGAGCUCUGCGCGGACACCUGCUCCCUGGGCUGCUCCGCUCUCAGCCCUCCGCAGUGCCCGGAUGGAUGUGCCGAGGGCUGUCAGUGCGACUCCGGCUUCCUCUACAACGGCCAAGCCUGUGUCCCCAUCGGGCAAUGCGGCUGUUACCACAAUGGUGUCUACUACGAGCCGGAACAGACAGUCCUCAUUGACAACUGUCGGCAGCAGUGCACCUGCCACGCGGGUAAAGGCAUGGUGUGCCAGGAACACAGCUGCAAGCCGGGCCAGGUGUGCCAGCCCUCCGGAGGCAUCCUGAGCUGUGUCACCAAAGACCCGUGCCACGGUGUGACGUGCCGGCCACAGGAGACGUGCAAGGAGCAGGGCGGCCAGGGCGUGUGCGUGCCCAACUACGAGGCCACGUGCUGGCUGUGGGGCGACCCACACUACCACUCCUUCGACGGCCGCACGUUCGACUUCCAGGGCACCUGUAACUACGUGCUGGCAGCAGCUGGCUGCCCGGGGGUCAGCACCCAGGGCCUGACACCCUUCACCGUCACCACCAAGAACGAGAACCGGGGCAACCCUGCUGUGUCCUACGUGAGACUGGUCACUGUGGCUGCGCUCGGCACCAACGUCUCUAUCCACAAGGACGAGAUCGGCAAAGUCCGGGUGAAUGGCGUGCUGACAGCGUUGCCUGUCUCUGUGGCUGACGGGCGCAUUUCAGUGACCCACGGUGCAUCCAAGGCAUUGCUGGUGGCCGACUUUGGGCUGCAAGUCAGCUAUGACUGGAACUGGCGGGUAGAUGUGACACUGCCCAGCAGCUAUCAUGGCGCGGUGUGCGGGCUCUGCGGUAACAUGGACCGCGACCCCAGCAACGACCAGGUCUUCCCCAAUGGCACUCUGGCUCCCUCCAUUCCCGUCUGGGGUGGCAGCUGGCGAGCCCCAGGCUGGGACCCACUGUGUUGGGACGAAUGUCAGGGGUCCUGCCCAACGUGCCCCCAGGACAAGCUGGAGCAGUACGAGGGCCCUGGCUUCUGCGGACCCCUGGUGCCUGGCACAGGGGGCCCCUUCACCACCUGCCACGCUCAUGUGCCACCUGAGAGCUUCUUCAAGGGCUGCGUUCUGGACGUCUGCAUGGGCGGCGGGGCCCACGACAGUCUCUGCCAGGCGCUGGCUUCCUAUGCGGCCGCCUGCCAGGCCGCUGGGAUUGUCAUUGAAGACUGGCGGGCACAGGUUGGCUGUGCGAUCACCUGCCCAGAAAACAGCCACUACGAGUUAUGUGGCCCACCCUGUCCGGCCAGCUGCCCAUCCCCUGCGCCCCCCACCACCCCAGCCGUAUGCCAGGGCCCCUGUGUGGAGGGCUGCCAGUGCAACGCAGGGUUCGUGCUAAGUGCUGACCGCUGUGUUCCCCUAAGCAACGGCUGCGGCUGCUGGGCCAACGGCACCUACCACGAGGCGGGCACUGAGUUUUGGGCUGACGGCACCUGCUCCCAGAGGUGCCGCUGCGGGCCUGGGGGCGGCUCACUGGUCUGCACGCCUGCCAGCUGCGGGCUGGGUGAAGCGUGUGCCCUCCUGCCAUCCGGCCAGCACGGCUGCCAGCCUGUCAGCACAGCUGAGUGCCAGGCCUGGGGUGACCCCCAUUACGUCACUCUGGAUGGGCACCGAUUCGAUUUCCAAGGCACGUGCGAGUACCUGCUGAGUGCCCCCUGCCACGCACUACCACGGGGGCUGAGAACUUCACUGUCACUGUAGCCACGAGCACCGGGGCGCCAGGCUGUCAGCUACACCCGCAGCGUCACCCUGCACAUCUACAACCACAGCCUGACACUGAGUGCCCGCUGGCCCCGGCAGCUACAGGUGGACGGCGAGUUCGUGGCGCUACCCUUCCAGCUGGACUCGCUCCUGCAGGCACACCUGAGCGGCGCCGACGUGGUGGUGACCGCGACCUCGGGGCUCUCGCUGGCUUUCGACGGGAACAGCUUGGUGCGCCUGCGCGUGCCGGCGGCGUACGCGGGCUCCCUCUGUGGCCUAUGCGGGAACUACAACCAGAACCCAGCAGACGACCAGGCGGUGGGCGGGAACCCGGCCGGGUGGCAGGUGGGCGGCGCCCCAGGCUGCGGGGAAUGUGUGCCAGGGCCUUGCCCGCGGCCUUGCACGCCGGAGCAGCAGGAGGCCUUCGGCGGCCCGGACGCCUGCGGCGUGAUCUCGGCCACCGACGGCCCGCUGGCGCCCUGCCACGGCCUCGUGCCGCCCGCGCAAUACUUCCAGGGCUGCUUGCUGGACGCCUGCCAAGCUCAGGGCCAUCCUGGAGGCCUCUGUCCUGCAGUGGCCGCCUACGUGGCAGCCUGUCAGGCCGCUGGGGCCCAGCUCGGCGAGUGGAGGCGGCCCGACUUCUGUCCCUUCCAGUGCCCUGCGCACAGCCACUACGAGCUCUGCGGUGACUCCUGCCCCGUGAGCUGCCCUAGCCUCUCGGCACCCGAGGGCUGCGAGUCGGCCUGCCGUGAAGGCUGUGUCUGUGAUGCCGGCUUCGUGCUUAGCGGUGACAGCUGCGUACCUGUGGGCCAGUGUGGCUGCGUCCACAAUGGCCGCUACUACCCUCUGGGCCAGACCUUCUAUCCGGGCCCCGGCUGUGAUUCCCUUUGCCACUGCCAGAAGGGCGGCCUGGUGUCCUGUGAGCCCUCCACCUGCGGGCCGCAUGAGGUCUGCCAGCCGUCUGGUGGCAGCUUGGGCUGUGUGGCCGUGGGCUCUGCCACCUGCCAGGCGUCAGGAGACCCCCACUACACCACCUUCGACGGCCGCCACUUCGACUUCAUGGGCACCUGCGUGUAUGUGCUGGCUCAGACCUGCAACACCACCCGGCCUGGGCUGCACUCGUUUGCCGUCCUGCAGGAGAACGUGGCCUGGGGUAAUGGGCAAGUCAGUGUGACCAGGGUGAUCACGGUCCAGGUGGCAAACUUCACCCUGCGGCUGGAGCAGAGACAGUGGAAGGUCACGGUGAACGGCGUGGACAUGAAGCUGCCCGUGGUGCUGGCCAAUGGCCAGAUCCGUGUCUACCAGCAUGGUUCCGACGUUGUGAUUGCGACCCACUUCGGCCUGCGUGUGGUCUACGACCUUGUGUACUACGUGCGGGUCACCGUCCCCGGAAACUACUACCAGCAGAUGUGUGGCCUGUGCGGGGACUACAACGGCGACCCCAAGGAUGACUUGAGGAAGCCCGAUGGCUCGCAGGCAGGCAACGCCAAGGAGUUCGGCAACUCCUGGGAGGACGCCGUGCCUGGUUCUCCCUGCCCGCAGGAGCCCACCUGCCCGCCGGGGAGCGAGGACUGCAAACCCAACGGCAAGUGUCCUCCCGAGCUGGAGGACAAGUAUCAGAAGGAGGAGUUCUGUGGGCUCCUCACCAGCCCCACAGGGCCGCUGGCCUCCUGCCACAAGCUGGUGGAUCCCCAGGGUCCCUUGCAAGACUGUGUCUUUGAUCUGUGCCUGGGUGGUGGGAACCUGAGCAUUCUCUGCAGCAACAUCCAUGCCUAUGUGAGUGCUUGCCAGGCGGCUGGAGGCCACGUGGAGCCCUGGAGGACUGAAACUUUCUGUCCCAUGAAGUGCCCCUCGAACAGUCACUACGAGCUCUGCGCGGACACCUGCUCCCUGGGCUGCUCCGCUCUCAGCGCCCCUCCGCAGUGCCCGGAUGGAUGUGCCGAGGGCUGUCAGUGCGACUCCGGCUUCCUCUACAACGGCCAAGCCUGUGUCCCCAUCGGGCAAUGCGGCUGUUACCACAAUGGUGUCUACUACGAGCCGGAACAGACAGUCCUCAUUGACAACUGUCGGCAGCAGUGUACCUGCCACGCGGGUAAAGGCAUGGUGUGCCAGGAACACAGCUGCAAGCCGGGCCAGGUGUGCCAGCCCUCCGGAGGCAUCCUGAGCUGUGUCACCAAAGACCCGUGCCACGGUGUGACGUGCCGGCCACAGGAGACGUGCAAGGAGCAGGGCGGCCAGGGCGUGUGCGUGCCCAACUACGAGGCCACGUGCUGGCUGUGGGGCGACCCACACUACCACUCCUUCGACGGCCGCACGUUCGACUUCCAGGGCACCUGUAACUACGUGCUGGCAGCAGCUGGCUGCCCGGGGGUCAGCACCCAGGGCCUGACACCCUUCACCGUCACCACCAAGAACGAGAACCGGGGCAACCCUGCUGUGUCCUACGUGAGACUGGUCACUGUGGCUGCGCUCGGCACCAACGUCUCUAUCCACAAGGACGAGAUCGGCAAAGUCCGGGUGAAUGGCGUGCUGACAGCGUUGCCUGUCUCUGUGGCUGCCGGGCGCAUUUCAGUGACCCACGGUGCAUCCAAGGCAUUGCUGGUGGCCGACUUUGGGCUGCAAGUCAGCUAUGACUGGAACUGGCGGGUAGAUGUGACACUGCCCAGCAGCUAUCAUGGCGCGGUGUGCGGGCUCUGCGGUAACAUGGACCGCGACCCCAGCAACGACCAGGUCUUCCCCAAUGGCACUCUGGCUCCCUCCAUUCCCGUCUGGGGUGGCAGCUGGCGAGCCCCAGGCUGGGACCCACUGUGUUGGGACGAAUGUCAGGGGUCCUGCCCAACGUGCCCCCAGGACAAGCUGGAGCAGUACGAGGGCCCUGGCUUCUGCGGACCCCUGGUGCCUGGCACAGGGGGCCCCUUCACCACCUGCCACGCUCAUGUGCCACCUGAGAGCUUCUUCAAGGGCUGCGUUCUGGACGUCUGCAUGGGCGGCGGGGCCCACGACAGUCUCUGCCAGGCGCUGGCUUCCUAUGCGGCCGCCUGCCAGGCCGCUGGGAUUGUCAUUGAAGACUGGCGGGCACAGGUUGGCUGUGCGAUCACCUGCCCAGAAAACAGCCACUACGAGUUAUGUGGCCCACCCUGUCCGGCCAGCUGCCCAUCCCCUGCGCCCCCCACCACCCCAGCCGUAUGCCAGGGUCCCUGUGUGGAGGGCUGCCAGUGCAACGCAGGGUUCGUGCUAAGUGCUGACCGCUGUGUUCCCCUAAGCAAUGGCUGCGGCUGCUGGGCCAAUGGCACCUACCACGAGGCGGGCACUGAGUUUUGGGCUGACGGCACCUGCUCCCAGAGGUGCCGCUGCGGGCCUGGGGGCGGCUCACUGGUCUGCACGCCUGCCAGCUGCGGGCUGGGUGAAGCGUGUGCCCUCCUGCCAUCUGGCCAGCACGGCUGCCAGCCUGUCAGCACAGCUGAGUGCCAGGCCUGGGGUGACCCCCAUUACGUCACUCUGGAUGGGCACCGAUUCGAUUUCCAAGGCACGUGCGAGUACCUGCUGAGUGCCCCCUGCCACGCACUACCCACGGGGGCUGAGAACUUCACUGUCACUGUAGCCAACGAGCACCGGGGCAGCCAGGCUGUCAGCUACACCCGCAGCGUCACCCUGCACAUCUACAACCACAGCCUGACACUGAGUGCCCGCUGGCCCCGGCAGCUACAGGUGGACGGCGAGUUCGUGGCGCUGCCCUUCCAGCUGGACUCGCUCCUGCAGGCACACCUGAGCGGCGCCGACGUGGUGGUGACCGCGACCUCGGGGCUCUCGCUGGCUUUCGACGGGAACAGCUUGGUGCGCCUGCGCGUGCCGGCGGCGUACGCGGGCUCCCUCUGUGGCCUAUGCGGGAACUACAACCAGAACCCAGCAGACGACCUGAAGGCGGUGGGCGGGAACCCGGCCGGGUGGCAGGUGGGCGGUGCCCCAGGCUGCGGGGAAUGUGUGCCAGGGCCUGGCCCGCAUCCUUGCACGCCGGAGCAGCAGGAGGCCUUCGGCGGCCCGGACGCCUGCGGCGUGAUCUCAGCCACCGACGGCCCGCUGGCGCCCUGCCACGGCCUCGUGCCGCCCGCGCAAUACUUCCAGGGCUGCUUGCUGGACGCCUGCCAAGCUCAGGGCCAUCCUGGAGGCCUCUGUCCUGCAGUGGCCGCCUACGUGGCAGCCUGUCAGGCCGCUGGGGCCCAGCUCGGCGAGUGGAGGCGGCCCGACUUCUGUCCCUUCCAGUGCCCUGUGCACAGCCACUAUGAGCUCUGCGGUGACUCCUGCCCCGUGAGCUGCCCUAGCCUCUCGGCACCUGAGGGCUGUGAGUCGGCCUGCCGUGAAGGCUGUGUCUGUGAUGCCGGCUUCGUGCUUAGUGGUGACAGCUGCGUACCCGUGGGCCAGUGUGGCUGCCUCCACGAUGGCCGCUACUACCCUCUGGGCCAGGCCUUCUACCCGGGCCCUGAGUGUGAGCGACGCUGUGAGUGUGGGCCUGGUGGCCAUGUCACCUGCCAGGAGGGCCCGGCCUGUGGGCCCUAUGAGGAGUGCCGGUUAGAGGAUGGUGUCCAGGCCUGCCAUGCCACGGGCUGUGGUCGCUGCCUGGCCAACGGCGGCAUCCACUACAUCACCCUCGAUGGCCGUGUCUAUGACCUGCAUGGCUCCUGCUCCUAUAUCUUGGCUCAAGUCUGCCGCCCGAAGCCUGGGGAUGAGGACUUUUCCAUUGUGCUUGAGAAGAAUGCGGCUGGAGACCCCCAACGCCUGCUGGUUACUGUGGCGGGCCAGGUUGUGAGCCUAGCUCGGGGGCUGCAGGUCACCGUGGACGGCGAGGCUGUGGCCCUGCCUGUGGCUGUGGGCCGCGUGCGGGUGACCGCCGAGGGCCGAAACAUGGUUCUGCAGACGACCAAGGGGCUGCGGCUUCUCUUUGAUGGCGAUGCCCAUAUCCUCAUGUCCAUCCCCAGCCCCUUCCGUGGACGGCUCUGUGGCCUCUGUGGGAACUUCAAUGGCAACUGGAGUGACGACUUUGUCCUGCCCAGUGGCGCAGCAGCAUCCAGCGUGGAGACCUUCGGGGCUGCAUGGCGGGCACCUGGCUCCUCCCAGGGUUGUGGCGAGGGCUGCGGGCCCCAAGGCUGCCCCGUGUGCUUGGCAGAGGAGACUGCACCCUAUGAGAGCCACGAGGCCUGUGGGCAGCUGCGGAACCCCCAGGGUCCCUUUGCCACCUGCCAGGCCGUGCUGAGUCCCUCUGAGUACUUCCGCCAAUGCGUGUACGACCUGUGUGCCCAAAAGGGUGACAAAGCCUUCCUGUGCCGCAGCCUGGCAGCCUAUACAGCGGCCUGUCAGGCAGCUGGUGUGGCCGUGAAGCCCUGGAGGACAGACAGCUUCUGCCCGCUCCAGUGCCCCGCCCACAGCCACUACUCCAUCUGCACACGCACCUGCCAGGGCUCCUGUGCCGCUCUCUCUGGCCUCACGGGCUGCACCACCCGCUGCUUUGAGGGCUGUGAGUGUGACGACCGCUACCUGCUUUCCCAGGGUGACUGCAUCCCUAUCCAAGAUUGUGGCUGUACCCAUAAUGGCCGAUACUUGCCGAUGAACUCCUCCCUGCUGACCUCAGAUUGCAACGAGCGCUGUUCCUGUUCCCCAAGCUCUGUCCUGACAUGCCAGGCAGCUGGCUGCCCACCAGUCCGUAUAUGUGAGGUCCAGGCUGAAGCCCGGGACUGCUGGGCUCCCCGUGGUCUCUGUUUCCUGUCUGUGGGUGCCAACCUCACCACCUUUGAUGGUGCCCGUGGUGCCAUCACCUCUCCUGGUGUCUAUGAGCUCUCUUCCCGCUGCCCAGGACUAGAGAAGACCAUCCCCUGGUACCGUGUGGUUGCUGAUGUCCAGACCUGCCAUGGCAAAGCUGAGGCUGUGGGCCGGGUCCACAUCUUCUUCCAGGAUGGGAUGGUGACAGUGACCCCAAACAAGGGUGUGUGGGUGAAUGGUCUCCGAGUGGAUCUCCCAGCCGAGAAGUUAGCAUCUGUGUCCGUGAGUCGUACACCUGAUGGCUCCCUGCUAGUCCGCCAGAAGGCAGGGGUCCAGGUGUGGCUAGGAGCUGAUGGGAAGCUGGCUGUGAUGGUCAGCGAUGACCAUGCUGGGAAACUGUGUGGGGCCUGUGGAAACUUUGACGGGGACCAGACCAAUGAUGGGUAUAACUCCCAGCAGAAGCCAGCGGUGGAGAAAUGGAGAGCACAGGACUUCUCCCCAUGUUAUGACUGAUCAGUCAUCCAAGGGGAAUGAAGACUUCCUGAAGAUGACCUGAUCCUCCUGGAGGUUGCAGUGUCUGAAGGAUGCAUCAUGUGCUCCUACCCUGCUCUACCCCUUUUCUGGGUCACAGAGGCCAAAUGGGAGAGCAUUGAAUAAAUAUCUUAAGCUAAGCUGCA